CGUCUAAACUCAACAUUUCUUAUCCCAUACCUAACAACUUUUUUUUUAAAAAAACGUAGGAAAGUUGCGCUCUUCUUUCUACCUGCUACCUACCUCAUCUACUUACAUACCUAGGGUAGUAAGUACCUAGGUAGGCAUUGAAAUCAUUCCCAUAAUUACCUAGGCUAGACAUCCUUUUCUUUUCUUUCCUUUCGUUACUCGUUCACUCCAUUUCUUCGCCAUGAGCCUCCCGCAUCUAUCAUGGCAUAUCAUUCUUCCCCUGCGGAUUCAGCCUUAACCCGCCCGCGAGUAGCUAUCGCUUUCAUUUCUACUGUCACAGCCGUCUCCUUAGGACUUUACUACUACUACAAUAUCCGAGACCCUUCGAAUUCCGAUUCCCCCCCACCCUCAAGCCUGCACCGCCGAAAUGCUCUAAGGCGACCUCACCGAGCCUCAAACCACAAUGAAGACCUCUCUGAAUCCGAAUCCCAUGGCGACGAGAAUAUAGCUACUGCUACAUCGGUUCCUACCGGAGAAGUUUCUUCCCGCCUCGACGACCACAACCCAGAUGAAUGGUACAACGACAUCAGCCAAGCCCCGCGCCAACGUACAGGCGAGAAUAUAGUCACCUUACUAUUCCGCGUAUCCGAGGAUAAUGCGAGGCGCAACGCUUAUGUUCACCGUGGCUGUCAGUGUAAUGGCUGUGGCAUGGUGCCUAUACGCGGGAUCCGAUAUCGUUGUGCCAACUGCGCUGACUUUGACCUAUGCGAGGCUUGCGAAUCCCAGGGCCUGCAUAAUAAGACGCACAUUUUCUAUAAAGUCAAGGUACCCGCUCCUCCUUUCGGUACUCGACACGUGCAACCCGCUUGGUAUCCAGGCGAUCCAGACAACUCUAUACGCAACCUCCCACGUUUCUUGAUUAAUAAGUGGUCUCGUGAUACCGGCUUCGAACGCGUUGAGCUCGAUGCCUUCUGGGAGCAAUGGACUUUCAUGGCCAACACCGAGUGGAGGGACGAUCCUGAUGGGCUCGGUCUAGCUAUGGAUCGCAAGACCUUCGAACGAUGCCUCGUUCCCUCUGGUGGCUAUCGACAUGCUGCACCUAAUCUCAUCUACGACCGUAUGUUUGCAUUCUACGAUACAAACCACGACGAUUUAAUCGGCUUCGAAGAGUUCCUUCACGGUGUCUCAUACAGAAAGAGGAAGGACAAGCUCAAGAGAACAUUCGAUGGUUACGAUAUUGAUGGCGACGGCUACGUGAGCCGACGGGACUUUCUACGCAUGUUUCGCGCCUAUUAUGUACUAUACAAACAGAUGCACAAGGACAUUCUUGAGGGCCUCGAUGACCACAUGAUGACAACAACUGAGGUCCAGCAGCUUAUCAAUGGCAGGCAGCCUCUGAGUAGCCUCUUUGGUAGGGAGGGCAGGGUCCCCCCAGCUGAUUACCCGAGGCCAAUGGAGGGCAAGAGAUUCGGUCCGAAUGGAGACGUCGAGAUCAAUGAUAGCAAGGGAGCCAUCAACGAGGAUAAGCCGGAUACGUCUAGCCGUGAAGAGGUCUUGGGCAGUCUGUUCGCUCGCAGCGCUACCCUGGGCAUCUUCGCCGAGUCUUUUGGGUCUUCUUCUAGAAGGCCUCAAUCGCCUAGCGGGGAUACUCGUUACUGGUCAGGAGUAAUCAACCCUCCGAAUGAUACAGUUGACCUAUCAUCUUUGCUCUCAGGUGGAUACACGCAAACCGACAUUAUCGAGUCUAUGCACCAUGGCGAGCGGCAUUCUCUAAGCAAUGGUGUCGAGACAGGAUCAUCCGAUGAAGAGGAGCAGAGCGAGCCCGACAACCAAGGUGUUGACGAUGCUGACGAGGGUGAACAGCCUAGCCUAGACGUACUACUGGAUGACGCUGCACCGGCAUCUACUCGGGCCAUUCCAGAUGCUAGCAGAUUCACCAACACACUACCAACCGAAAGCCAACUUAGGGUGCAGCACCAAGCAAUUGUAGCGAAUGGUCAGCGAUUAGAUGUUGACAAGAGAAGACGAGUGCUGGCUAGGAGGAAGCUUCUUGAAAGGUGGAAGCGACGGCAAUUCUACCUGGAUGAGGAAGAAGGGGCCCUACCGCCGCAAGGAUGGGACGAGAACCAAGACGUCUUACUGCACUUGAAUGGUGUCGCCGAGUCGUCCAAGUCAGUACCUCACGUCCUCUCUCCGCGAUCAAGAUCAUCAUCUAAGGUACGAUUUGCUGAAGAUGCGGAUGAUUUUGAGACCCGAUCGAACCCAUCCACCUCCUCCCGAAGUAUCCCAGAGAGAUGGGGCGGGAUGGAAAUACCAGACGCGGAGCGAGACGCUGGUAAAGAGAUUCUCUACCAAGUCACCCAGCAAGCAUUCAACGAGUUACUUGACGAGAUCUUCAAGAGGAAGGAAGACCUCGCCGUCCAGGCUGCCGAAACUAAAGAACAGCGUGAGAAAUAUCGGGAUCAUCUGGAUAUGAUCAAUCUAGAAGACGAGAAUGGCGAACACAGGGAUGUUUCAGCAAAACGGCCUCAAGUGCAUGGUUCAGACAGGAGCCAUUCAGCACAGCAGCAACAACCAACCUUGGACGAAUUGCUGUCAGCUAGCGGCUACACGCUCAACAGCUCUUCAGGCUGUGAUGAUGACGAUGAUGAUGAUGAUGACAGAGAAGACGAUGACGAAGAUGAGAUGCCUGAGUUGUCCUCACGAGUACAGGAUGAGGACGACACGGCACAGACCGUUGUUGAAGAUAUGACUAUUUCCGCACGCGAUUUACAAGUCUUGGAAUAUCGCGAUCCUACUCUACCCCAAAAUCGUCCCAGCAGUCUAACACAUAUGUCACCCGAAAAUACUCCAUCUCAAUCUGGAGAGAGCAAAGCUAAAAACAGAAGACCUCUUAAUGGCGACAAACCUCUAAAAGAUGUUCGUGGCGCUGAGUCAAAAACUCAGGAGGGUUUAGCUUCGAGUCGUAUACCUCAUUCGACGCUGGUAGCAUGGAAGCGCAUUGAGCUUGCCGAGCAAGAGGCGAAGGAAAGGGGUGGCUGGGGUAGACUAUGUUAUAAGGAGUUUGAGGAAAUAUACCGAGCCCAGGAGUUCCAGGACAGCAGCCGCAACAGGCUGGAUUACCUAGGUAGCUGGAUCGACUUUUGCAUUCCUUAGGGUGGUUGACUGAGAUCAGAGCACAUAGGCACAUGGAGCAUGACUAUCCGCAGAGUAAUCAUAAGGACGAUACCCCUCAUGCGAAUUUUUCUAAUAGGUUCAAUCCGCAUUGCAUCUUGUAUCUUGAAGACGAUAGGGAUAUGGCUACAAACACCUACCUAGUAUCGUUUCAAAAAAGGGGUGGCUUAAGAAUACGAAGAACCAGUCUGCCCGUCUCAGUUAGUCGGGUAGCAAUCAUGAAGAAAGUGGCUGUAUUCUAGACGUGAAUUGACCUUAAGCCUCGUUCGUUUCUAUAUCGACUUUCACAAAGCACUAUGAUCCAAUUGCCGAGAGAUCUUUAUGCAUGUAAUAUAAGCUGGCGUCAACGAAUGUCACUUUAAUUUACGGGUUUAUUAUUUCAUAA